AUGCUGAUUACGGAUUUGGUGGACAAAUUUUGUAGAACAGUCAUGCUAACGCACCACGACUCUUAUUUUCUGAAAUUAGAUGAACUGAAGGUGGCAAGUUUGUUCACUGCUUAUUUCGUAUUGUUCAAGCAUCUAUUUGAUAUGGCCAUGGGGAUUUACGUGCACACCAGAACUGACGAUAUCGUGAAAGUGGUAGAGAAAGAAGGUAUCUGGGUCAGCGAAAUCAUCCAUGUAAUGUUUGUCGCCUUCCUCACCACCACUACAUUGAUUGCCGCGGUCGUGCUGAUCGUCGGCCUGCAUAAGAACAACCGUGAUAUCAUCAGGAUCUACUUGUGGUGGGCCACAUUCUCUUUGCUUUUGCACAUCUCCUUUAUCAUCUUCCACACAUUCCUGUACGCCUGGGAUCUGGAUGCCACCUGUCGCGGGGUGAUGAUCAUUGCUUUAAACUAUUUUUACCGGUUCGUAAUCAAGAGCUACUGGAUAAGAUUCGAGCCGGGUGUGGAGACACAAACAAACAGCGCACUACCUGGUGAAACUAAUAAGAAAAAGUCGGAUCUUUGGCAUUUGCCACUUCGAGGAACACAUUCUAUCACCAUUGUAGUUAGUGGUACUACUAAGAUUAAGGGUUCAGAA